AUUUUUCCAGUCGCUAAUCCCCGCUAAUAUACGGUAUCUCCUAAGCCUAAUAGUCGACAGUUUCAACGAGCGUGUUGUGGACGAUGCGAAAUAUGGCUGUUUAUCAGAAGAUAAUCAAGCACGAAUUCCCUUCUAUUGAUUUAGAGCUUCUGGAUUACGUAUCUGGAGUGCUUGAUGGAGGAGAAGAGUUCAAUAAUGUAGAUGAUGUUUAUGAGGCUAUAGGAGGUGUUCUUCAUGAAGUCAAUCUAGACAAAGAUGAAGAUUGUAUAAGGACCAUUUGUAGGAAACUCUACAAGACUCUACAGUUGAAUGGAGGAGAAAACCAACAGAAUGCUAUUUUAUUGGAUGCUCCAGUGCAGCUGAGUGAACAAGGAUUGGAAGAUGAAUCUACCAAUGAUGACAAGUCUAUAUGGAUGGCUACUAGAGAAAAUGUUUCUCAAGUCAACAAGAAGAAAUUAGAAAAAGCAGAAGCUAAACUGAAAGCCAAGCAAGAAAGAAGAUUAUUACAACCCGAUCAACCAGUUAAACAAAAUGGUAUGGUUAGUGCAUCAGCCAGUCAAGCAGUUAGCAGAAAAGAUGUCAAAGCAGAGGCAGCUGGAACAUCAAGAGCAACAGACAUUAGGAUAGAAAACUUUGACAUAGCCUUUGGUGAAAAGGUACUUCUCAAAGAAGCUAGUUUCACUUUAGCUUUUGGAAGACGGUAUGGACUUGUAGGACGAAAUGGAGCUGGAAAAAGUACACUUCUGAAAAUGAUUGCCAGUCGGGAGCUUCAAUUUCAAUCUCACAUUUCAAUUCUUCAUGUAGAGCAGGAAGUAAUAGGAGAUGAUACAUUGGCUAUUGACAGUGUCUUAGAAUGUGAUGAACUACGGACAAAGUUACUCAAGGAUGAAAAGGAACUACACAUGAAAAUACAUGACAGUGGGUGUACUGACCCAAGUCUUGGUGCUAAACUCUCAGAUGUAUAUGCCAAGUUAGCUGAGAUAGAAGCAGAUAAAGCCCCUUCAAGGGCAGCAAUGAUCCUGAAUGGCUUGGGAUUCUCUUCUAAUAUGCAGAGUCAAACAACCAAAGAAUUUUCAGGCGGCUGGAGGAUGAGGAUAGCAUUGGCAAGAGCGCUUUUCUCAAAGCCAGAUCUUUUAUUACUUGAUGAACCAACAAACAUGUUGGAUAUCAAAGCCAUUCUUUGGCUUGAAAACUACCUUCAGGACUGGCCUACAACAUUGCUCAUAGUCUCUCAUGACAAGAAGUUCUUAAAUGAGGUAGCCACAGAUAUGAUACAUCAGCAUUCAAAGAGGUUAGAUGCGUAUAAGGGAAACUAUGAGCAGUUCUUUAAGACUAAGACAGAAAAACACAAAAAUCAGCAGAGGGAAUAUGAAGCUCAGAUGCAAUUCAGAGCCCAUGUACAGACUUUCAUUGAUAGAUUCAGGUACAAUGCUAACCGAGCUGCCCUUGUACAGAGCAAAAUUAAACAACUGGAAAAACUGCCUAAACUAAUUCCAGUGGAGAAGGAAAGUGAAGUUAUACUAAGGUUUCCAGCAGAGUUACAGAAGCUUUCCCCACCCAUCCUUCAGUUAGAUGAAGUCAGUUUCAGCUAUGGUCCUGACGUACCCAUCUUUGGUUCUGUAGACCUCUCAGCUAACAUGGAAUCAAGAAUAUGUAUCGUUGGUGAGAAUGGUUCAGGGAAGACAACUCUUCUCAAGAUCUUGUUAGGUGAAUUCAAUCCUGUAGCUGGUAUCAGACACUGUCAUAGAAACCUAAGGAUAGGCUACUUCAGUCAGCAUCAUAUAGAUACCAUGAAAUUUGAUAAGAAUGCUAUAGAGGUCAUGGCAUCUAGGUUCCCAGGAAAACAAAUAGAACAAUACAGACAGCAGUUAGGAUCAUUUGGAGUGACGGGUGACCUUGCUACCAGACCAGUGUCCAGUCUAUCUGGUGGUCAGAAGAGUAGAGUUGUAUUUGCUCUAAUGUGUGCUGGAAAUCCUAACUUCUUCAUUCUUGAUGAACCAACAAAUCAUCUGGAUAUUGAGACAGUAGAGGCUUUGGGUAAAGCACUAUCUUCAUUCAAGGGUGGAGUCAUUCUUGUUUCUCAUGACGAGAGCUUGAUCCGAGUAGUUUGCAAGGAAUUAUGGGUAUGUGGUGAAGGAAGUGUCAGAGCAAUGGAGGGAGGACUGGAUGAAUACAAGAAAAUGGUUGAAAAGGAAUUUGAGCAGCAGAGAUAAACCUGGGACUGGAUGAAGACAAUAACUUAAAACAGUGUAGUCAACUCUUCAACAAUUCAAUGGAAACAAUCGUUAUGAGCCAUCAACAUUGUUUUAUCUUUUGUCAAAUUGAACAAGGAAUAAGAAAGUUAUUGCAGUUUUUAAAUUGGCAAUUGGUCGGGACAAAUUUUCCAUAGACUGUGUACUUAAUGAUCAUAAGUACCGAUUCAAUUCGGGCAGUAGUUGAAAUUUAUCACAGGUAGCAUAUUUUAUUAUAUACUCAUGAAUGAAAAAUAUUUUUUGGAGCAAAACUUAUGGCAUUUUAGUCAUUGUGUGCAUUGGAGCAAAUGGUAAAGUAGUUCCUACCCAAUACAUCUUAAUGACAUUACAAUGUGGUCCCUGUAUCCAUACAUGUGAUAGUAUAGUGAUUAUAGCUUUAUACAACUUUCAACCAUUUAUAACUUUCUUAUCCCCACUUCCUUAUUAAGGAUUUUAUUUACAAAACUCAAAACAUAAAAAAAGAUGUUUAUAAUUACAAUCAUGAAUUGUUGAAGACAAUUAGGUAUAACAUUAUUGACCCAUUGGGCAUCCUGUUGGCUUUUCUUGUUUUAUGCUAUUUAAGUGUAUCUUUUUCUCAAUCUCUCUUUUAUUAAAGAAAACAAGGCUGUCAUUUCUUCUUUCAAAACCAAGUAAAUCUCUCUCCAAACAUUUACCCCCAAAAUAAAAUGAAAAGUAAGUUAUUUAACUUCGAGCUAAAUAAGGCAUGAUGUAAGUCAUAUUCACCGUUGUAAUUUAAGCAUGUAUUGCUUCUCCAUUUAUGUAGAUUUUUCCAAGUGUGAAAUCAAUUAUAAAGAAAUUUGAAACUGAACUCAUCGUCAAACUCAAUUAGAGAUGCCUGAAAACAUGUGACCAAUCAAUAUCAACACCAAAAUUGUUGACAUAAUGGUAACCUACUGCCUAGUAUAAUCAAUCUAUAAUAAUUCCUAUGUAAAAUCACAAAUUUGAUGCUGUAUAACUCACUUUCAUUUCACAUCCUCCACAUAACUGUUUUACCCACCAUACAUGUAUAAGCUAGUAAUGAAUAGGAAUAGCAUUGGGGGGGAUUUAUCAAAACUAAAGACAGGCUUUAAGAGCUGUAUUGCUACAUGUAGGUCUAAGCUUCAAGGUCAGUAGUUUGCCAUAUAUGUCAUAUAUCAAUGAACAUAGAGAUCAACAACACUUUGUAGCAUUAAAGUGUUGCUGACCUUCGCAUUCAUUGUCAUAUAUGAACACUAUGUUUGUACCAUUUUCAAGUAUCAGAUUAUUUUAAAUUGUUAUGUCAUUUAAUUAAUGUAAACAUAUAUCAGAUAGGAUGGUAACAGUUACAUGUACGUACAUGUAUCUCUGAAUUAUUAUCUGCUGCAAUUUAUUUUAAUUUCUUCAUGUUAGGAUGUUCCACAGUUACAUGUAUGUUUGUGCUAAUCAUGAUCUGCACAUAUUUUACGUUACGUGCAUUGACGUCACAAUGAAUGAACAAAUGAUAGGAUGAGCUUACCUCAAGAUAAAUGUUGAUUUGAAUAAAAAGAGCAUCUAACAACAAUUAAUAUGUAAACAUCUUAUGGAUUGAACUACUGUACCAUGGCAUGGUAACCACAUAUAAUGGCAAUCAACUACUUCCCCAAUUUAUGGCCAGUGCUUAUGAAAGUUGGCACAAAUAUUCAUCUUGGAGUAAAAACAUGCAAGAUGAAUUUACUAACUGUUUUGAAGCUGCAUUGCCAUGGUAACGAUAUAGGUUACUAAUCACCUUUAGUCAUAUUUAUAGUUAAGAUACAGUGUAUGUUUUUUUUCACCUUUUACACCAUUUUUUCAAAUUGAAGGUGCUGCUAGCCUUACAAGAGCAUACAAAUAGCCAUAUGAAUGAAUUCUUCAUCCUACUGGUCUGAACUAUACAGUAAAUUUGAUGAAAUCUACAUGGAUUUUAACUGAGUAAUAGAGGAUUAAACUCAAUGUUGUGGCGGCAGAUACAGUGGUGCUCAAAAGUUAGUGAACCUCACCAGAAAAUGUACAUAUUUCUAGUGUUUAAGUUCUGCCAUAUAUUAGAUAUUUAAUUGUGAAGUCAGGUGAUGAAAUAUUACAUCCAAUAAAGUUUGUUUGGGUUCGCCUAACAAUCGUAGUGUUGUUGUUUCCAUUCAACACUCAGCAUGAAGGAGUGCAUUUUGUGAUAGGGUUCACUAAUUUUUUUGCAGAACUGUGUAUGCUUAUUAUUAUUGCAUACUAUUUAGAUGCUGAAGUAACUGCAAAAUUUGGUAAAAAUGAUUUGGAUUUCAUAUUAAUUGUACAUUGUAGAACAUCCUUAAGUUUAUAGUUUAAUAUAGCUUUAAACUGCACAAGCAGAUGAUGUGCAAUACUACAUGUACUUCCUACAGUCAUCUUCCGUAAGUCCAAGGUGAUUUCCCUGAGAAGAAAAAAAUAGCUUUUGUUUAAGAUGAUCAUGUUUGGCAUCACUUUAACGAAUAAAGGAAAUCACGAUAGUGCAUAUU